GACAUCAGACAUUUCCUGACAAAAGCUAAUUUUACAGAAAUACACUAACAAAACAAACAGUACAUUCCCCAAGCAUUUAACAUGGUUGGUAAGGACAUAAAGAGUGUGGUAUCCUGGAAGAGGCUAGUAAAGACGUAGUUUGGCAUAUCCCAGCUCACACUUCACUCUUGAUUUCCCCACUUCCACAGGUGAAGGAACAGCUCAGCAGUACCAUGAAGAUGCAGAGCCCAGUGUGUCUGACCGUGGGUGUGUUUGUGGUCUUGAGCGUGAGAGCCAGUGUGAGGGCUUAUGAAAACGGAAGGGACAUACCAGCCUCAACAUGUGGUGAUCUGAAAGUACAGCAUGGUGUUCCUGCACAGACCACACCCUCACGGUUCCGUAUCACAGCCAACCAGACCGCAUACCAGCCAGGAGACACCAUUACAGUGACUCUCUCUGGGGAGACGAUGUUUCGAGGAUUCCUACUGGUGGCUCAGAGGGUGGGUGGGGAUCCUGGUGUGGGUACCUUCACUUCCAUUGACCCUGGAAUAACUGAACUGCUGUCGUGCAAAGGACCGAAUUCUGCUGUAGCUCAGCUACGAAACCAACUCCUGUUCCAGGUAAGAGUCACGUGGACUGCCCCUCCCUCUCAGCCACUGGGAGACAUUGUGUUCAGAGCCACUUUUGUGCAGAAUUAUUUCGUUUUCUGGGAGGCGGUUCCAAGUGCAAAUAUCACUGGACCAGCCCCUCCCACAACAAUAACUGCCCCUCCCACAACAACAACUGUCCUUCCCACGACAACAACUGCCCCUCCCACAAGAACUACCACUUCCACAACAGCAGCUGCCCCUCCCACAACAACAACUGUCCUUCCCACGACAACAACUGCCCCUCCCACAAGAACUACCACUUCCACAACAGCAGCUGCCCCUCCCACAACAACAACUGUCCUUCCCACGACAACAACUGCCCCUCCCACAAGAACUACCACUUCCACAACAGCAGCUGCCCCUCCCACAACAACAACUGUCCUUCCCACGACAACAACUGCCCCUCCCACAACAACUACCACUUCCACAACAGCAGCUGCCCCUCCGCGCAUUAGCAGAGAUCUCUGUGGGAACACAUAUGACUGUGUCAGCAAUCCCCUAGAAUGUGACCCUGAAAAAGACAAAACCUGUAUGUUUGCAUCAAGGCCCAAAUCCAACAUGCGCACAGUACAAGACAGAGUGCAAAUGAGAGGGGAAACAGCAGGGUACUUCGCAGUGGGUAAUCAACCCAACACCCGCAUGGAGAGCAGCAAUGCAAUUGCUUGUGCCAAAAACACAAAUGGAACUUUUACUGCUUUUCUACUCCAGUUCAACAUGACCUCUGUGCUCAAACAUCAGCCAGUAGAUGCAGAUGUGUUGGGGUCAUUGAAUGCAGGGGUUCUACGCUGUAUAUUCUUCAUCAGAAACAUAACAAUCCUUCCUCAAUUCACCAAUGCAAUGCAGGUGGUUUUUGCCACUGGGACCUUCGAGAACGGUAAACCUGGCCUUCCCAAUGUGACCCAGCUUAUCCCAGGAGACUCAGCCACUACAGAUGGAUCGAGUCCCUGUCUGAUUAUUAUUAAUGGUGGGGGUGCACCUACUCAAGGCCUAAUGCUGCUCACAGUUAGCCUGGGUCUCAGGAUGUUGUGUGCUCCAGUCUGAAGUGGCUGCAAUUCCUUUCUGCUAAUCUUACACAGCUCUGAGCUCGGCUUGUUCAGUCUGCUAAUCUUCCACUGCUCUGAGCUCGGCUUGUUCAUUCUGCUAAUCUUCCACAGCUCUGAGCUCAGCUUGUUCAGUCUGUAUAUUAUAGGUUAUAUGUCAUAGCUGCUGUAAAUAGUGUAUUUUAUCAUUUUCAAUGAUAUCAUCUUGUGCCAUUUAACAGCUGAGCCACUAUAAAAAUGAAUUAUGCAUGCAAAGAAA